AUCAGCAAUUUUGAUAAGAAGGCGGAUGUCAUAUUGACAAAUAAUUUUUGAAAAGUUUACAGCAAAUUUCAGUAAAACUUAAAAUUACGCGCAAUAAUGGGAUCAAAGGAUGCGGAAGAAUUUAGAGAUGCUUUGCUAGAUAUUUCCUCUCACACAGUGAAAUUAGAUUCCCCAUUUGAUCGGGUAAGAUGUUUGGAAUGGGUGAGGAAACUCUCCGCUCUCCCUGAUGACAACUUAGAAACCUCCAAGAUAAAGAACGAGUAUGCACAAUACCUCAGAAUACAGGUGCGAAAUAAGUGUCUGCACGGGCCAUUUGAGCACCCUCCACCUUUAAAUGCCGCUCUGUGUCCCCUUGCCGAAUCUCUUGGCAACAUGAUUUGCAAGGAGAUCCCAUUCCUGCCAAAAAUUGGCCCAAUUUGCCCAGUUUUACACCACAAGUCCCCCGAUGGCAGAGCGUAUGUUACGGCAAAGCAGAUUCCCGGUGGGGGAGUUUUGUGCUACAUGGCUGUAAGUCCCGAUGGGUUACAGUUAUAAAAAAAAAAUCCCGUCUACAUAGGAAUUUAUUAAUAUCAGCAUAUAACAAGUGUAAUAAUAUAGUCUGGAUAUAUAUUUGCGACAAUUACAUUAUCUUUAUUAAUCAAAACUAA